GAUUCCAAAACUUAAUUGAAAUCCAGUUCAAAGUCCGUCCAAUUGGGUGAGCCUCUCAUACACAGUCACACGUACAGAGAAAAAGUCCGUCAAUGUCGUCUUCAAGACCUCUCACCACCGCGUCAAGAUUGUUUCCCUGUCCCUCCGCCGCCUCCAGCACCACCACCGCCUCACACAUUUUAAUCCCUUCGCCCCCAGUCCAUAUUCCGAAGACCCCUUCGAUAGGAGUGGCUGAACAGAAUGGUGCUCCGAGAAAGGUAUGUGAUAAGACAAUGGUGAAUGACAGCUUCUGUGUUGUCAGAUGGGACCUGCCCGGCAUAGCCUCAGAGGAUCUGAAAAUUUGGGUGAACGAGAAGAAAGAAUUAGUGUUGGAGGGAAAGAUCAAGGGCAAGCCCAAGUAUGAGUAUCGUAGAGGCGACUACAGUGGCGCCAUGCCAGGCAUUUCAGAGCUCUUCCAUGUGGACCUGUUCACGGCUGAGUUGAAACAUGGUGCCCUCUGGAUUAUCCUUCCACUCACCGAAAUGGCCAAGAAGGCCAUGAAGUGGGAACGCGAAGUCUUGGGGAAAAGGAAGAGCUCUGAUUUCAAUGUUUGAUGGAGGAGAAGGCUACUGCAAUUCAACAAAGUAACUGGCUUCGUCAGGAAUUGGUGAGGGAUUCAUAUAUGACUUCAUUCUAUACUAUUUUAUAUUCUUCUUUAUUAUUUUUCUUAUAAUUACAUCUUGCAUUCAUGAGUUUUUAAGGUGGAAUACUUCUAAUGUCCUUUCAACAUGGUAUCUUUGUCUCCCUGCCUCAUGUCCAAGUUAUCUUUUUCAGUGUUUUGAUCAUCAUGUAUAUCUUUAUAUGAAUAUAUAUAUAUUUAUAUGUAUGCAUGUAUUUUUGGUGUCAGUGAUUUAGCAAAAGGGCAUAAGGCUAGAAAUACGUAAGUUACAUUCUAUAAAGAAUCAUUGUAUGGGAUAAAGCAAUGUUUUCGAAUACCAGAAGAGGACCAAACAGCUCUAUAAUAGUCCCAAAGCCUAUGGUGAUUUCUGAAGCUAUCAUAAGCAUCCUUAACAACAAAUGGUUUAUUAGAGGUAGCCAAAACCAAGAGUGUGAGAAACAAAAAUUGCUUCUUUCCACAACAUCUGUUCUUUAAUUGUUUUUUCCCAUAAAGUUUGGAAUUCAGUGGCUGAGGCAAUUUCUCUCAACUGGCAUGGCAUGACGAAUUUGAAUGAUAUUAUUGCUUGGACUUCUGCUAACUGUCAGGUUAAGAAGAAUUGGUCCCAUCAGCUGCACAAAAUUUCCCUUGCUUGUUGUGUCUACAUGAUCUGGGAUGAGAGAAAUAAUAGGAGAUUGUCCAAUGCCUUCUCAAAUGAAUGCUCUGUGGCUCUUCAGGUUUAUAAUUCCCUUAGACUUAGGAUGCUCUCUCUCCCCAUCUCUAAGUUUAAUAGGAAUUCUGUCAAAUAUUUACCGUAUUGGAGUGGAUGAUGCUGAUUAGCUCAUAGUUAGUUGGUUUUAGUAGUUGUCUUUUGUUGCCUUGGUUCGCUGUCUUGUUUUUAGCUCUGUUUUGUUGUAAUUUCUUCUGGGCUCCCCCUGUUUCCUUUUGAGGGGGAUGUCCUCCUCUGUUUUGCUUUUGUGUUCUAUCCAAAAAAAAAAGAAAAAAGAAUCAUUGUAUGGGUAAUUGAACAAAAUGUUGAUGCGUGAUAUGAUGAUAUCUAGAGCUAAUUUACAAUAAGAAAAACAACUGGUGUAAUUCAUAAGAGCUUUGCGCUAAUUGCUGUGCCAAUUUAAUGACUUUGUCCCUUGGGUGUUUUGACAAUGAGAAUAAGCUUACAUGGGAUCUUGAUCAUUAAGUAAACUGAAUGUAUAUUUAUUUCUGUCUUUGGACAAUGCUGAAUAUAACAAUUGUUAUCUUAGCCAUGUUCAAUAUAACUUAUAUAUAUCAUAGGUAUGGUUCUUGCAAAUGCAAUUAUGUACAAAAAAAAAAUGUCAUAAUGUUGUAUAAAAUUAAACUGUUGAUGCAAGAGCAUUUCAGAGCAUAAAAAUGCAUUGUUCUGUUACAAACACUUUCAAAUGGAACAUAUUUCAAAAUGAUGCACAUGGUCUGUUGGUAAAAUCAUGGAUUUUCAAGGAUUACUUUUGUCUCAAAACUUCUUAAGGCCACCUAGUGUAGCAAAGAAUAUACCAAAUAAAAGAAUCCAUUUUAAAGAUUGCAAGAUCUAAGAGCGAAUUCAGUCUGUUCAAAUAAUGUCUCUUGUGAAGAGUUGGCUGUGUAGUUAGUUUUCUUUAUCACCUGAACUAAAAGAACUUGCGCUUGCUUAUAGUUUUAGGUUUUUGUGCUAAGUGAAUACCAAAUCUGCUCGGCAAUCAUAUGACAUUCAUCCACGUUGAUAACUUGAUAUGAUUUGAGGGGGUUGAUGUUACUCUUUUUUCAUUUUUUUUUUUUUUUUUUUUAUAUUUUAAUUUUGAAAGUGACAAUAAUUUUGAAAGUGACAAAAGUUGACCCAAUAUCACCUAAUUAAUUUCAUUGUAUUUGUACAGAUUAAGAAUAAAGAAUGAACAUUGUGUUCCAAGGUUAUUCAAUGGAAUGUGCUUUCCAAGUUGGGAUAGUUUUCUAAUACAUCUCUCUUUGACAUUGUUUGAGCCCCAUUUAUGUUGUCUAUAUUUUUCAAAUGCACUUUAAGUUACCUCCUCCACAGUGUAUGUUUUUUCUUUUGAAAUUAGUUCAUUUUUUAUUAGAAAAUGGUCUUAAGAUUUGUGGGUAUGAGUUUCCAAACCAUGUAAGUUUGACCUCUUUCCUUGAAUUUCCCUCAGUUUCGGAUUGGUAAUGAAAAAAAAAAAAAAAAAUGGAAAACAAGGUUUUAGGAUAGGAUAAAAUGUUAUUCUUGCUUCAAAGCUUUGUUUUUGGUAUAUAAUUUAAUUGUUUUUUUAUAUACAUUACUGUUUCCUCUGAACCAUGAUUUGAGGGGGUUGACGCUCUUUUGGAUUCCUUCUCUAUUUUUAUUUUCUUUAAUUUAAUUUUGGUAGUGAUAGAAGUUGACCCGAUGUCAACUAAUUAUUACAUUGUAUUGGUAGAGAAUAAGAAUAAAGAAUGAACAUUGUGUUCCAAGGUUAUUCAGUGGAAUGUUCUCUUCAAGUAGGAUAGAUUUCUAAUAACUCUUUGACAUUGUUUGAGCAUAGGUUAUGUUGUCUAUAUCUUUAAAAUUCACUUUAAGCUACCUCCUCCAUAGUGUAUGUUUCUUCCUUUUAAAUUAGUUCAUUUCCUAUUAGAAAAUGGUCUUAGGUUUGUUGGUAUUAGUUUACAAAUAAGGUAGACAUUUUCAGAUAUUUGACCUCUUUCCUUGUAUUUCCCCGAGUUUUUCGGAUUGGUAAAGAAGAAAAAGGGGAAAACAAGGUUCAAGGAUAGGAUUAAAUGUUAUUCUUGCUUCAAAACUGUGCUGCUUUUGAUAUGAUAAUUUAAUUGUUUGUUAUAUAUUACUGUUUCCUUUGAACCAUGGAAGUGGCGCAUCUCUAUGAGAUUACACAAUGUGUUGAGCCGUGUGACGGCACAAAAGUUCUGGAUGAAGAUGCUGUGGGGCUUCAUGAGAAUUAUUGUUGAAGGACAUUGAAAAAUUCAUUUGUAAUAGUCUAUUCCUAUUUUAAAGUAGUACUGUGAUUUUCUAAGUCAUGUCGGAUAUUAAUGGGAUUUUCUUCCGGUGUAAAUUCAUGAAAUGGAAUUUUAUCUUAUGGUACAGAAUGGGGAACUUCAUGUGUGUUUCUUUUUGAACUUUGAGAGGUUUAUAUGACCACACUCCACAAGUUCCAAUUUUAGAAGACAAGUAUUAUGGACUUCUUCUGCUCUUUUAGCUUAAAACACUAUGAACAGAU